UCGAAGAAGAUCUAAUAUUAUAAUGAUCAUAAAUAAAUAUGGUUUAACUUGUUUAAUUGCAUACGCGACGUUGGAAAUCUCAGCGAAUUCCCUUGUUCCUGUUAAUCUUGCGAUACGAAGAAAACGAAAGAAUCGCAACGGAAAUACUGUUUAAAUUUGGCGGCAAGUGGACUGAUAAUUCUACAUAGGUAUCAGUCACGUACGCGCACACAGAGAACACGGGCAUUCGUUGGUGUGGGUUUAGUCGUCAGUCAUUUUUCUGUAUCACGAUUACUAGUAGGCACAGUGUGCGCAAAGGAUUCCGACGACAGGAAUAAAUUCAGGAUCAACGCGUUUCCGUUCGGCUUCCUGUGUAAACAGAAUUGUUAGUUCUGUAAUCGUGUAACGUGGCGAGUUGGUUUGCCGCAGAGUAACUUUGAGAAUUUUGUAACAAAUGGAUACCCCGUUACCACAUAUCUUAGAAAGUGCUGAUUGUGACGGUUCAGGUAAACCGAAAGAGAGGUUAGUCAGUCUUCUCGAUCAGAUCGAAGUGCACGUAGAACAACUGAGAAAAGAUGCCUGGCGCCUCGAGGAAGAGAAAGACACUCUCUUGACUACCCUAGAUACGCUCAGAAACAAUGAAAUUUUGACCGUAUUAGAAGAAAAUGACAGAGACGAAGUUAUAAGGUAUGCAGAGAGAUUGUCCAUGAGAUGUUUAUCGGUCGAUGUUUUGGUGAGAAUUCAACGAGAUCAUAUUCAGCAGGAAGCGUUACAUCAGGUAAAUGGUUUGAUUGAUAAUUUAAUAAUUAGUCUUCGAGAUGAUCCAGCUAUGACGCGACAACGUUGCACGUCCUUCAUGAAUGCUUGUACCAGUUCGCAUGGCUGUGAUUUGUCAGAUAAGAACUUUGAAACUGCUAUUCUUGGAUGUACCAUGGAGGAUCAGAAACGAGUAAAGAAGAGACUGCAGGGCUUGUUGGAUUACAUUGAUAAAAUGCAUACGAUUCAGCUACUAUGAAGACACACUUUGAGCAAUACAUUUUAAAAUAGCAGCAGAUAAGUUACUCCUGAAGCGAACAAUUAAGCUAUAUUAGUUGUUCUACCGGAGAUUCGAUGAAACUGAAAGCUAAUUAAACCAGGGUGCUUAUUUGAAAUUCAAUGGUGGUGUUGUACGGUAAAUAUAGAGAAAGGUAUUACACGUAACAAACGAUUAUAUUAUCUUCUCUAUGUAUACCAUGAUUUUCUAUAACUCACCAUUGCGCAACUAAGCUUCUGUCCACUUUAUAUUUGUAUUUGCGCAUCAUAGUGGAGUGUAGUAACAAAAUUACUAUAAAAUUUUAUGAAUAUUUUGAUAUUUGUUUGGAAAAUUUGCAAUGAACAAUUCUAAUAUUAUCAUUGAUGGAACUAUAACAAAGUGAACAGCCUUCUUAGAAACUUAAUACAGUACAACAUGUGUGUACAAAGCAUAAUGUUUUACGUCGAGGUGACUUUAAUGAUUUGGUAUUAGUAAAUCAAAGUAUAUUUUUAUGACCUUUUUUCAAUUCUAAAACACAAGAACACACGCAUUAUUAGAAUUGCGCUCAAUUUGAUCUUUGUGUGGAUAUGAUAAAUAUGUGACUGCUGGUUAGUCAUAUUAACAUGCCCUCAAUGUAAUAACAAUUAUUCCUGAUUACGUAAAAUUAUAGUGCUUCCUAUAAUUCAGAGCACUGGUAAAACUAUUUGAGGAAACCGAAUAUAAUUUCUAUAUUCCGAAUCUAGCUUUGAACUUGUUCGUAUUUUAAUAAAUUCCAUGAUAUGUUUCUACUUGCUUACUUACUUACUUACUUACUUACUUACUUACUUACAUACUUACUUACAUACUUACUUACUUACUUACUUACUUACUUACUGUGGUACUGUAGAUGAAACAAUUAAAUUGAAUAAUUUACUACAUAUUAAAAUUAUUAAGAAAACGGAUAAGGAUUCUAUGUACGAUCUGGCAUAAUUUUAAGAGAACAUUUAGUUUAUGCGAAAAAUCCAUUUCUUUUUUCUGUUUCCUUUCCUCUUGUUUCUUUUUUCUUUUUUCUUUUAUACCGUGUACCUAAAUAGUUUUAUUGUUAGCAAUGGUGCCAGACCAUAUUAUUCAUAUAAUCUUUAUUCACUUAUUUUUAUAAUUCUAAAUAAUGUAUACUUUAUGCAUGGUACAUUCGUUCAAUUUUACUAUAAGUUUCAAGUUCAGAAUUAGCGUGCAAUACAUUUUCGUAUGUGAUACAAAUAAAAGAAAUAAAGCAUUGUUUAUAACUAAAACAGGAUAGCAUUUAUUAAAGUUUGCAGAACUUGUUUACUUUGUGCUCUUCGAGGUGUCGAUUGAAACAGAUUGUUAAAAAAAAAGCCGUAACAUUUAGUUUUUAUUUAUUUCUCGUUGUCACCGUUGAACGAAAGAUUGGUUUCCAACAACGCGUGUCUCUUUUUCUUAUUAUGUAGAAUAUUUGGUUAGCCAGUACAUUGAUAUCUGUUUACAUAUAAAUUAACGUCUAUAAAAAAUGAAAACGAUUUAAAAGAUCUUUUAAUGUGAAAGAUAUUUUUAGCAAAAACAUUACCACGUAAUAUAUUACGUAUUACCUAGAUUGAUCGCUUAUUACAAUUAUAUUGACUGUAUGUGCAUAAAAAGAGUAAGAACACUAUACUCCUCCUGAUAAACGUUCGCCUUUCACACGUACAAGUAAUACGUUUAUUCGAAUACGAAAUGUCUCUGAAGAAAAAUACUUGAAUUUAAACGAUUAUGUGCUUCAAGUGGAAGUGGGAAUUAACCUUAGAAAUAUUUACACAGUGCAUUUAUUAUAAUAGCAUCGGUGAAUUAAAAGGAAUUCAAUAAAAACGAUCCAUGUAUAAAAAUGCGUAAGAUUCUUUGCAUGUAAAAUCUCAUUCUUCUAAUUCUAUGUAAAUGUUCUAAAUUCGCAGCUCCGUUGUUGCUUUUAGGCGAGUACUCGCGCGAGUCGCGUUACGUUGAAAUCUCUCGAAGAGAAUCGAAUGUCCGAGCUUAAUUAAAGAAAUGCAGCAUACCUAAUUGAGUUAUACCUACUUACACGAUCAAUCGUAAAUCGUUGAACCGAUUACCAACACGAUAUACGUAGGUUUAUAUCCAUCUCUCAUAAAUAUGAAUAUAUAUAUAUAUGAUAUAUAUAUAUAUAUAUAUAUCAGUCUGUACAUGGUUAAAGAUUAAUUCAGCUUCAGUAAACAGCUUUUCACGUAUUUAUCCACGCAAAGACUAAAGUAGCCUACAGGCGUUUUUCACAAAAUUCCUCUUCUUGUGGUUUUUCGCCUUGGCUCCUGGCCGCAAAACGAUUGUACCGUUCCCCGUACUUCGACCACACGUGGAUCCGUUCGGACUAAAAGCACCUAUAACGACACAUAGAAAUAUCUAUAUAUUUUCAUAACUUUAAGAGGACAAAUAAAGGAUUGUUUUCCAGUUGAUAGUACAAUUUGUUGCAUCGGUUCCAUCGAUCACGGGGGAAGAACCUGUCUCUCCUCUUUGGAACGGAUACGCUGGGAGGAAAGGAUGUAACGAUAUUUCUUACACUCGUCUUUUGCAGCCGACCGAUUAAUAUUUUCCACGUAAACGAUUCUCACCAGUGUGUCUAUCAUGAUAAUUGAUCGGAACGUUACGAUACCAAUGAUAAUAUUGUAAUAUUAACAACUGACUAGACCUUUUUGAACAGCUACUUAUACGCGAUGCAACAACGAUAGUCGGUACAGGACAGAUCGUUUCUGUAGUAUUCAUAUUAUACGCAUUAUCACGUAUAACGGAUAUAAGUUUCCAUGAAAAACUAUGGGACCCUAACUUCCUUUCUGACGAGUACUAAUUGUGAUAGGCUAGGGAGAGCAUUGAAGACGGAGAGUGGGGGAAGGUCCCAAAGCUUCGGUGUUUGGUCUCUAGUAGCGGGUAAUGUAAACGACCGUUUACACCGAGUAGACUACCUGUAUAGAUUGUAAACGUUUAGCCAGUUAUUUGUAUAAUUUUUGUUUUUCAAUAAAACGGUACUUGGACACGA